AAUGUCGUCGUGGUCGAGAGCACGACAACGAUUCUUCCAUCACCGCUUUCGCUUGAGCAAACAACUCUGCCAAAGCGCGCAUUGAUCAGAAAGUCACGUGAACAAUUGCGCUCCUCGUCCGAACAUUUUGGAUCGAUCAUUCGACUCGUGCCACAGAUGGAAAUGGCCACCGGGGUGCACUACUUGGCCGCGGCCAGCAGGGGCGCUGCAGAUUUGCCGUCUCGAGAGGUUGAGCGACAGCCCUGCCGGAAAGUGUCAUGCUCUGUCUGGUUUUGAUUGUGUUUGAGCGAAGGGCGUCGCCCUCCGACUUUGCUCGCUGUUGUAUCCUCGACCUUUCGCUCUCGUUUUGCCGUUGAACUUUGGAAGUAUAUUCAUGAUCGCUUUUUUAUUGAUCCUGAUCUUUGGUUUGGCGUAAUUGGACUUCUUCUCGCUGUUCCCUUGUACUUUGCUUUUGUUUGAUGAAAUGUUUGUUUGUUUGCUUUUCCUGGCUCCUUGUGGCCAGCGAUUUCAGCCUGUACUUUUCUGCAAUAAAUAUUUUUGUUUUUGCACUUUGUCUGAGCCUGCAUUUCUGGAAUCCAAAACAUGAUUCACUUUGGUUCUGAAGAAGCUGACAGAAAGCCUUGGUCAACCUGUUCUUCGUGACACGUUUGUGACUUGCGCAAAUAGCAAUCAACUUUCUUCUACUCCAUCCGUCGAAACGUCGAUUUGUCAUUUUCUCUCUCUCUCUUUCCACGUGUCUGAAGCGAGGUUUCGCAGUGGCUCAGCUGCCGUGCUCAGAGAGGGAGACGGGAAGGCAAAGGGGAGGCGACCAGAACUGAAUUUUAAAAGAGGUCGAAAAGGGAUCCAAGAGAUCAAAGAAAAUCAUUUCACAGAUUACAGACAAUUACGCCACAAUAGACAACAGCAGUGUCUUGUCGUUAUGUUCCGGUGCGUUGGGUGUGUCCAAAGCACGUGGACAAACACAAAUGAUCUCCUCUGCUGUACAGCUGUUCACACGACUCACUAGUGGUAGAUUUCAAACUCCAAACCAAACCACUCCAGAUAUUGUGCUCUGAAGAUCGCCAGGGUUACGAUGACGAUCAUGCGCGUAUCAAGUUGGGACAAGCAGUGGGCACAGUUCAGCGACUACCCUCCUUUACGUGCAUGUCACCCUUACUGGUCUGAUUCUCACACGCCGCAUAUGUUCCCGCGUGUUUUGAUCUAGUGUGGCUCUUAAAGUGACAGUGCUACAUUUGUUAAACAAGGGAGCCUUCACUACAAGCAUCUAAGUAAGGUUCAUGUAACUGGCGCCAAGACCGAGUUGUUGGUUGCCAUGACAACAACAAAAAAUAAUUUAUUUUAGGCUUGUUGUUUAGCUAAAGUAUCUCAUAUUUCUAUGUGAACUUUCAUAUUUGUUUUUCCUUAAAUCCUCUGAAUAUGUUAUUCGGAAUGUUUGUUAAUAAUCACUUCCGGGUCAAGUGCCGUGUAUAGCGAGGAAUGAGCGAAAGAUCGAGAAGACAACGGGAGACAGAGAGAGAGAGAGUCAGAGAACUACGGUACCGUGUGAUCUACGUGAUUUAUCGUUAUUUGAUCUACUUUCGGUUUACCAAGGUGCACACGGUAUGUCAUUUGUGUUAUUUAUUUAAUGUCCUGUUCAAGAUAUUAUAAUUUUGAUUGUUGUUCGAAAUGUGUUUUAGUUUUCACGGUGUUCCAUGAAUAAACGUUUUGGACAUCAGUACGAGGCGUCAUCCUUGACCGGGGUAGAUACAGUGAAAACGUGUCCUCAUCCAUCCUUCUGGAGGCUUCGGCGCGCAGGUGCUUCCCCCACGGCAAGCUAAGCUAUCGGCUUCGGCGCACAUCACGUAGCAAGCUACGAGCUACAUCGAGCGUCGUCGCACUCGACCCGCGUGCCACGCAGCUAUCCACGAGCUACUUCGAACGUCGUCGCACUCAACCCGCAGCAAGCUACAGGCCUCAGCAUGCAUCGUCGCUCCUCAACCGGCAGUAAGGCAAGAUUUCAACGCGCGACGGUGCUUCUCAUCCUGUAGCAGCUAAAGGUUUCGGUGGACAUUAACCAGAGUUGGCAAAGGCCUAUACAGCUUCCAGUAGCUCACAAAGUAGAUGGAUAGAACAUAGGCGAAGAUUAUCAUAAAUGAGAACUAAUGAAUGUGAGUUCUUGAAUGUGUGAAAAUAUCUGUUGAAUGUUUGACAAGCGCAUCAUUGUUAUUAUUGCUCUGUAAAACUCAGGUUCUGAAGUUUGAAAGCUCCAAAAAUGUCUCAAUAUAGUGACAGUCGGUGUGAUGAGAUGCAAGAGCAUGAAAAUGUGGAAAGGGAGGCUGAGGCAAAAAUAAGAAAAUCCUCUCGUUUAAGACAUUUGACACCUAAAAUGCAGGAACUAAAGGAGAAAGAGUUCAUUCAAAAGGAAGGCAAGUUGAAUGUAACUUAUGAGAAAUGGAAAAGUCAUGUUAGAGAAACCCGAAGAAAGUUAAAACAAUGGUGCCCUGAGCAAGACAUGUACGACAUGAUGGAUGAAGUUGAGAAGCUAGAGGGUGAGAUGAAAGAAAUAUACGACAGUGUCCGAAGCCGGACAACACCAAGUCAAGAAUUACGGCGAAAAGUUGAUUCAUGUGCAGCGGCAACAGCAGACUUACUGCAAGUAAUGAGAAUCCGUCUAACAGAAUAUGAAGAAGAUUUUGAUGCUGUGGCAGAAAACGCAAAAUUACACAUGCUGCUAGAUAACGAAUAUGCCAGGUCCAUAUAUGGUUCCACCGCCUCCAUAGUUACAGCACCCAGUGCCAAGCCUUCCGGGCACCCGUCCGAAUCACCAAGCAUUUCAGUUAAGCGGGCCGAAAUGGCUGCUCUUCUGGCUGCGAAAGAAGCUGAGAUUAACAUGGAAGAGGCUAUUGAAGCUCAACGUCAGCAGUUGAAAAAACUUGAAAAUCAGAGAGACAUGGAAGUAAUUAAGGCACAGUUAAGUGUAUAUGAAGAAGAGGAAAUUAAGGAAAGGAAUGGUACGAGCAGCCCCGUACACACCAAAGAGAAUGUUGCAUUUCCUUCUUCUCACCAUGCCCCACGUCACGAACAGCAAACUGUACAAAAUGAGACAACCUUGGUUCAGAUAUUACAGGAAUCAUUAGCACUCAGUCGCCUUCCAAACCCAGAGCCUACAGUAUUCUCAGGUGAUCCUCUGAACUUUAUAGAGUGGAGUACAAGCUUCAAAGCGCUGAUAGAGAGGCGAUGCUCAAACCCUGCAGAUAGGUUGUUUUAUUUACAAAAGUACAUAGCAGGGGAGGCAAAAUCUUCUCUUGAAGGCAGUUUUUAUAGAAGAGAUGAAGAAGCCUAUCAGCAAGCAUGGGAUCGACUCAACACCAGAUAUGGUAAUUCCUUCAUUGUGCAGAGGGCUUUCAGAGAAAAACUCAACGGAUGGCCAAAGAUUGGUGGGAGGGAAUAUUUCAAAUUGAGAGAAUUCAGCGAUUUCCUACAAACUUGUAGCAACGCUAUGCCUUACAUAAAGGGUCUGCAAGUUUUGAACGACUGUGAGGAGAACCAGAAAAUGCUGGUGGAACUACCAGAUUGGGUGACAUCCAGGUGGAACCGUCAUGUCACAGAGCAGCUAGAUGAAGGUAAAGACUAUCCAAGUUUCCAUAACUUUGCAACAUUUAUAUCUAAAGAGGCACGCAUCGCUUGUAAUCCGGUGUCGUCUCUAUACGCAUUAAGACAAUCUACUGAGAUGACAGUAAAGGGAGGUAGGCAAUCAAAAGCAAACACAUUUGCUACAAAGGUGAGGAUCCAAGAUCCGCAAACCUCUACAGCCGAUCAAGACCCCAAUGAAAACGAUUUACGAGAUGCCGAAAAUCCAGGCAUAUGUUUAUGCUGUGGAGAAGAACACUAUAUACAUAAAUGUAAGAAGCUUAUGAAAAUGUCUUCAGAGGAAAAGAGAAAAUACAUCUAUGAAAAUAAGCUAUGUUUUGCAUGCCUGAGAAAGGGUCACAAUUCUAAGGCAUGUAGAAAUAGAGCCAUGUGUGGAGUAUGCCUAAAGAGUCAUCCAACCGCAUUACAUGAAGAUCGUUCUCCAACGGAGACACCCUCAGCACAGAACACCACUGAAGAAAUCACAUCCUCACUAUCUUGUUGUGUCAAGGGAAGUGAUGUUGUGAGUACAUCAAUGAUUGUGCCCGUCUGGAUCUCAGCACCUAACGCACCUGAGACAGAGACCCUAGCUUAUGCGCUGUUGGACACACAAAGUAGCCACACGUUUGUUGAUCAAGAGUUGUGCGCAAAGCUUAAGGUAGACAUGGACCCAGUUAAACUGAAACUCUCCACGAUGAUGGGAAAGGACUCAGUGAUAAAAAGCGAAAGAGUUUGUGGACUUAAAGUAAGAGGAUUUUCCUCAAAUAUUUCAAUUGACCAACCUCCGGCCUACACAAGAGACUUUAUUCCUCUUGACCGGACACAUAUUCCUACCCGCAAAACAGCCACUUCAUGGAAACAUCUUGUUAACAUAACUCAAGAGAUACCCCCACCAAUGGAUUGUGGCGUUGGAUUAUUGAUUGGCUAUGACUGCUCCCGAGCCUUGAUUCCAAGAGAGGUCAUUACUGGAGGUGACUACGAGCCUUACGCUGUCAAAACCGAUCUUGGCUGGAGUAUUGUGGGAGGAGUAGCACAAUGCGUAAAUGCAGGCGAUGUGACUGGACUUUGUCUUCGAGUAUCUGUCAAAGAGUUACCACCUGUAACACCAUCAGCCAUCAUUAAAGCCCUUGAGUCUGAUUUUGCAGACACAAAAGCAGGUGAAAAAAGCAUAUCUCAAGAUGACAUUCUCUUUCUGCAAAUAUUAAAAGGAGGCUUCCAACUAAAUGAACACGGUCACCUCGAAAUGCCACUUCCUUUCAAAGCACGACCUCACCUCCCAAACAAUAAGGUCCUGGCUUUGGCACGACUGAAACAACUGAAAAGGAAGUUGGACAGAGAUCACAAGUUCAAAGGUGACUAUCUGAAGUUUAUGGAGGGCAUCAUUAAAGAUGGUGAUGCAGAGAAAGUAGACAACCCUGCAGACCAUGCCUCCAGAGGCCUGAACGUGACAGGUCUCAUCAACUCAAAUUGGCUCACCGGUCCAAGGUUUUUAUGGGAGAGAGAUAUAGCCAUAAACGAGGUGACACCUGAGCUACUGGUGGGAGAUCCGGAGGUGAGGAUUGUACAAGUGUUAAAGACAGAAGCUGUAAGGCAAUUUGACAUUCAAGAGCUUCUGUCACGGAUUUCAAAAUGGGCAACAGCAUUUAACGUCAUUGCUCGCAUCCAACGGCUAGCCAAGAGAAUCAAAACCACAAAACCUGUAAACGUAGAAGAAAAAAGGCAAGCUACACUGACCCUUGUUAAACUGACACAAAAGGAUGUCUUCCAAAAGGAGAUGAGCAUGCUUAGCGAGAAAUCAGGAAAACUGCCUUGUAACCAUCAACUUUAUCAGCUUGACCCGUGCCUUCAAGACGGCAUAUUGAGAGUAGGAGGAAGACUAAGAAAAGCAGCUGUGUCGCUUGAAUUAAAACAACCAGUAAUACUCCCUAAAGACGGUGCUCUCAGAAACCUCAUUAUUAGUCAUCAUCACAACAAAAUACAACAUCAAGGCAGAGGACAAACUCUCAAUGAGUUACGGAGUAAUGGAUUUUGGAUUGUUGGUGGAAGUAAAGCUGUAGCUCAACGCAUCAGACGGUGUGUACAACGUAGAAGAAUUCGCGCACCACCAGAGGAACAGCGGAUGGCAGACUUACCCAGUGACCGUGUUGAUGCAACACCACCAUUCGCUUACUGUGGUAUGGACUGCUUCGGCCCCUUCCACACCAAACAGGGAAGGAAGGAGCAAAAACGGUAUGGCCUGCUCUUCACGUGUCUGUGCUCCAGGGCAGUGCAUAUUGAAAUGCUUGAAGAUAUGACAACCGAUGCCUUCAUCAAUGCCUUGAGAUGCUUUGUAGCUAUCCGUGGAGCCGUUAGACAUAUAAGAUCUGAUCAAGGCACUAAUUUUGUGGGAGCAAGAAAUGAGAUGGCAAAGGCGCUAAAAGAAUUAAAUCAAGAAAGAUUGGCCUCCUACCUUGCAGACAAACAAUGUGAUUUUCAGAUGAACACGCCACACUCUAGUCACACUGGCGGGGUAUGGGAAUGUCAAAUCAGGACGGUGAGAAGUGUACUGAGCACGGUCUUGGCCCAAAGCGCUGGAAGGUUAAAUGACUCUUCCCUAAGGACUUUCUUUUAUGAAGCUAUGUCCAUUGUAAACAACCGGCCCUUAACUGUUGACAACAUCAGUGAUCCCACAAGUUUGGAACCUCUCACGCCAAAUCAUUUGAUUACAAUGAAGUCUUCUUUACCACUACCCCCACCUGGCAAGUUUAUCCAGGAAGAUCUCUACGCCAAAAAACGGUGGAGAACGAUUCAAUAUCUUUCCGAACAAUUCUGGCACAGGUGGAGGAAGGAAUACCUUGCAAACCUUACCCUGAGGCAACGAUGGCUUACACCAAGGCGCAACCUGGUAGUUGGUGAUGUUGUGAUCAUCAAAGAGGAUGAUGUCCCUCGCAACGAAUGGAAACUUGCUAAGGUUAUUGAAGCAAAUCAAGAUGAUGACGGACUGGUGCGAAAAGUAACCGUACAGAUAGGAGAACGAAAGUUAGGGAGAAAGGGAGAGCGCCUCAAUAAGCCUUCCGUCGUUCAAAGAGCCGUACAGAAGUUAGUGGUUCUAGUUGAAGGCAACUAGGGAGAAAGCAUCAGAUGCUGUAAGUUAAGGUGUCAAAUAUUCAAUCUAGAAUAGGUCAAUUUUUGGAAUAUGUAAAUUCCAUUGUUUGUUUGAAUGACAUUAAAUUUGUCUCGUUUAAGGACACAUCAGAACAAGGGUGAAAUUACUGUUGAUUAUUUUCAAGGGUGUAAAGUAUUUUUCAUUUACAAAUGUUACUCCAACAGUAAUUUGGUGGGAGUGUAACUGGCGCCAAGACUGAGUUGUUGGUUGCCAUGACAACAAAAAAAUAAUUUAUUUUAGGCUUGUUGUUUAGCUAAAGUAUUUCAUAUUUCUAUGUGAACUUUCAUAUUUGUUUUUUCCUUAAAUCCUCUGAAUAUGUUAUCCGGAAUGUUUGUUAAAAAUCACUUCCGGGUCAAGUGCCGUGUAUAGCGAGGAAUGAGAGAAAGAUCGAGAAGACAACGGGAGACGGAGAGAGAGAGAGUCAGAGAACUACGAUACCGUGUGAUCUACGUGAUUUAUUAUUUGAUCUACUUUCGGUUUACCAAGGUGCACACGGUAUGUCAUUUGUGUUAUUUAUUUAAUGUCCUGUUCAAGAUAUUAUAAUUUGAUUGUUGUUCGAAAUGUGUUUUAGUUUUCACGGUGUUCCAUGAAUAAACGUUUUGGACAUCAGUACGAGGCGUCAACC